GAUCAAGGCAUCUGGCCUAAAGCUGCGGUUCUGCACUAACGAAACCCAAGCGACCCGGGAGAAGUUUGUGAAGAAGCUCCAGGGCAUGAGCUUUGACAUCUCCGUGGCCGAAGUCACCGCCCCAGCCCCAGCAGCCUGUCGCAUUUUGAAGGAACGCAGCCUGAGGCCACACUUGCUCGUGCACAAUGAUCUUGUCCCUGAAUUUGCUGAAAUUGAUAAAGCAAACCCAAACUGUGUGGUUAUUGGAGAUGCAGCAGAAAACUUCACCUAUGCAACCCUUAACGAAGCUUUCCGACUUCUGAUUGGGAUGGAGAAGCCUGUUUUGCUCUCCCUUGGAAGAGGACGCUACUAUAAAGAAACUGAUGGUCUGAAACUUGAUGUUGGAGCAUAUAUGAAGGCAUUAGAGUAUGCUUGUGAUGUUCAAGCUGAGGUAGUGGGAAAACCAUCAAAAAUGUUUUUUGAGUCAGCCUUAGCAGAAAUGGGUGUUCCACCACAGCAG